GCUCGCAGAUUGGAAGAGAUUUGUGGAAGCUCCAUAUGCAGCACAACCAGUCCGGGUUAAAGUGCUAAUUCAGCAACGGCAUAUACUCCCACUGGGUCUUUGCCACACGCAUUUGGCCAUAUUCAGGGAUGGAUUCAGACCAAGCAAUCUAGUGAAAGUGAGUAUGCGCUAACUCGUUUGACUUGCGCAUCAAGAGUGGGUGGGGAGUUGUAGCUCUCGGUUAAGGAAGGCAAGUUCAGUUGGGCAGUACAGACACAGUUUGCCUGGGGAGGAGGGUUUCUCACGGCAAUCCUCAGCGAGGGUGGAGAGCUGUGGGAGUUUGGGAUAUGAAGCUCCUCUGUCCUGUUAGGGACCAUUUCACCGCUGUCUAUGAUCAUUGCAGGCGUCGUCGUGUCCGUUUCUUUGCCCAGAUGCGGUUGGUCAUUGGCCGUUUGACGACAAUAGCGGCCACAGUUAUGUGCGUCUGUUGUCUCCUCCUCGUAUUCACAGGGGGCGAGCGAUCAAUUCAUAGAAUCGGGCAGUGGUGGAGUAUUACCUGCAAGUUCAGCUGGCACGCGAGCGAUCGCCUUCUUCAGGAGUCGACGAGUGCCGCCCCAGUACCGCCGCAGCAAGAGCGGCCGCUAGAGUAUUCGCCGUUCGUAAAGGGUUCCAUCACGCGCGUGACGUGGCAUAUCCCGCGGGCGAAUAGGACUGCGGGGAAAGAUUGCCGGACCGAAAUUACGAGCCUGGUGGUCGGUUCGGAUGAAUUGUAUUACAUCCUGCACCAGUACUGCCAAGUGGAUGGUACUCUCGAGGAUCGGGCGUUGUCGAUUAGGAGAAUGAACUUAUCGCAGAUGCAGGACGGCGACGGUUCGCGUCCGCAGGGGGAGAACGACUCCUUGAUAAGUCACAUGUGGCCAUACGGGCAGCCGAACGGGACAAAAGUGCGCGAACCAUCGGAUUUUGGAGGGGCUCACGUGACAGGAAUGGGUCUGUCGAAAGAUGGGAUGCAUCUCGUCUUGAGCGUAACGAAUGAAGAUCCAGUAGUAAUACGGGACAGUGGGACCAGAUCUCUGGAUGACAACGGCUCCGUGUUCACUUCUUUGUCUCUCGCCGACGGCUCUCGAUCGUCAUCUCCCCCUUUGAGCAAAUUGUCCCAGGCGUGGGCGUUCGAGCCUAACAAGAGUUUUCUUUACUAUUUGCAACUUGAUUCCGCAUUAGUUAACGUCACCGUUAAUGACGUCGGGCUUCCAAACGGCGAUCCGAACCCGAUAUCCGCUUGGAAUGUCGAAUUGCAGAGCGAUCCAAUCGAUCCUAACGAGGAGUUUCAAUCUGGAAGCCUUCUAUCGGACGGCAGUUGCCUGUACUCCGUUACUUCUACUGACUGGUUGUUCGGGUGGAGGAUACAACCUGGACAUUUGUACCACAAUACGAUAUCACCACCCGCCCAUUUUCUCCAUCGGAGAGCGAUAGACGUCGUUGCAACGAGUCAAGGAUGUCAUCAUCACGUGUUUACAGCCGCUCACGAUACAGUUGCGGUCUUCGAACUCUCCAGGACAACCGAAACGGCAUGCGGGUGGAUGAGCGCCAGGUCAGCACUCCCACGUUAUUUCGGCGAAGCGGAUGUUACGGCAUUGGCACUUGGUGACAACGGCGACGGUUUAAGCCUCUACGUUGGAACCAGCGAUGCCAGCGUGUAUAGCGUUCCGUUAGACAGGUCGGAAGUUAGCCGUUGUGAAGAAGAACCGUACUCAGUCUGGCAGUCAGACGGCGUAUCCGAACAUUCAAGUACUAUUAAUUUACCUUAUUUUGCACUAGAGUAUUUUCCGGUUAGUCUGCUUUCGUCAGCACUGGCAGGCGUGAUCUAUUUGGUAUUAGUCAUUGUACCCUCCUUCUGGGACUCUGGACUCCAACCACCAUUACCGUACUACUUAAUUAUACUUCUUACUUCGAUAUUUGUAGUAGUAGCAAUAGCAACUGGGGCCUUUGUUUGGGUUCGCUUGCUCAGAAAGCGUCGACGUCGAGCUCUGGAACAGGUCAAUCACAACUCUGCCGUUGCUGACCGGCCGAGGACUUCAGCUCCGCCGGACUGCACUGCUGUGGAUUUCUGGGGACUGAGGCCGACACGCGUCCAGCAAUUCGGGAUAAAAACUCUAUCGGAUUGCACGGAGAAUUUUAGCUCGACUCAUCAAGUCGGGAACAGAGGGGCAUUUGGGAAAGUCUACAACGGCUCGCUCGAUGGCAAGGAUGUGGCGAUCAAGGUGAUGGCCGGCGAGCUAACGGACACCAAACGAAACCAGUUUGUGGCGGAGGUGAACACUCUCAGUGCAAUUAAUCACGUCAAUCUCAUCCAGCUCAUCGGGUACUGCCAGGAGGGCAGUCAGUGCAUCUUGGUGUACCCCUAUUUCCCAGGGGGCUGCUUGCACGAGCGGUUGUUUCCUAACACUGAUAAGCAGUGGCGCAUUGAGUUGGAUUCUCCUCCGCCUCUCACUCUCCAGGAGCGCAUGAGCAUUGCCUUCCAGAUUGCCAGGGGGCUCCAGUACCUACACGAUGAUGCCAAGCCUCCCAUCAUUCAUCGUGACAUCAAGAGCAGCAACGUCCUGCUUAGCGAUGGCUGUGGGGACACACUCCACGUCGUCGUCGCUGACUUUGGAUUGGCGGCCAUCGGGGAGAGGGUGCUGGACACAGGGCACGACCACGUUGUGAUCACAUCUCACAUUGGUGGCACCUUUGGGUACAUGUCGCCCGAGUACAUGCUGAGAGGCGAACUGUCCGAGAAGAAUGACGUGUACUCCUUUGGGGUUCUUGUACUGGAGCUGCUGACGGGAAGGAAGGUGGCCGCACGGGCGCCUUCUGGGGUGGGAUGGCAGACACUGGUGGAGUGGGUGAAGCCUUUCCUUCGAGAUCAAGGUGAAAAAGCCCAAGACCCGAGCCUGGACAUGCCACGUGCUAUUCUUGACCAAUGUUUGUGGGAUCAGAUGGUGGGAGACUCUAUGAAGCAGAUGGUUAUGAACACUUGCAGACUGGCUUGGGAAUGUGUCCAUGAGGAGUAUGGGUCAAGGCCGGCAAUGCGAGCUGUCGUGCAGCGCAUCCACAGCAUGCUUCUUGAUGUCGGUUGGGACUUCUUGAUCAGAACAAUGGACAUGGAGCACCUUCUGACGACACCAGAGGCAGAGGAUAACAUCUGCAAGAUAGAUGAUGCUGAGUCACAAGGGGGGCACGAAGUGCACCUAGAGUGAGGGAUGGAUGAGAACUAUGCCACAUUGCCAUUUGUAGAUGUGAGGAGAGUCGAACGGAUGCCCUUGUGAAU